AUCGCGGCACGCCGGCCGCCGCGCGACACCGUCCCUGAUGCCAACUCCAGCCUAGCCGCUACCAGGACGAUACCGCAGGACAUUUACCGGGGUCGAGGGGGUAACUUCGCCAGAAGGAGCCGAGAAAGAAGGGGCGAGGACAGAGGACGCGUCGAGGGAAGGCGGUGAGAGGGAAGAGAUGGACUAGGUUAGGCUAGGUUAGGGCAGUGAGUGGGUGUGCAAAAGUGCGCGGCUUUGGAACCAGGGAAGGUUAGCGGGGGGAGCUGGUGGAGGAGGCCUGGGUCGUAGGCUUCAAGGAGAUCGUGACCUGGUGUGCGGUACGGGAUAUGAUCAGGUUGUUGCUGGUGGGAACGUAGCACCGAGUGGUUUGAGAUAUUGGAGAGAUUGGAUAGAGGAUCCAGGGAACCUGGGUUUGCUGGGAUAGAUUUUGGGGGAGGACGAGAGGGUUCGGAUUCUUGGCCAGGGUUGACAUCGAAGUGGACCACUGUCGACAGGAGGAGAUAGAAGUCAAGGAUCACUCCAAUAGGAACCUGGAAAGUCGCCAGGUGGCGAUUCGUUCCGGUUAGGCGGGAACUUGUUGAGUCUCCCCCAGGCGGGGUGGGACCGGAAGCGGAGGGCAGAACAUCCCACUUCCGGCAUGUCGUGCGGGGCGAUGGUAGUGCUGAUACCGCUUUUGGGGCUGGCUCUGCUCGCCCGGGCCAGUCCUCGAGAGGUUCGCAACGCCCCGCUCGUUGUGGAGACCACCAGCGGUCUGGUGAGAGGACUGGCUCGGACGGUGCUAGAUCACGAGGUGCACGUCUUCUAUGGGAUCCCGUUCGCCAAGCCGCCGAUCGGGCCGCUGCGGUUCCGCAAACCGCUGCCGAUGGACCCCUGGCACGGAGUCCUCAACGCCACCAUGUUGCCCAACUCCUGCUACCAGGAGAGAUACGAAUACUUCCCAGGGUUCGAGGGAGAGGAGAUGUGGAACCCCAACACCAACAUCUCCGAGGACUGCCUGUACCUCAACGUCUGGGUGCCCCAGAAGGUCCGACUCAGGCACCAGGGCGCGGAAAAAUCCAGGGUCCCCAUCUUGGUCUGGAUCUAUGGUGGAGGGUACAUGUCGGGAACCGCCACCCUGGAUGUCUACGACGCCGACAUCAUGGCCGCCAGCAACAACGUAAUCGUCGCUUCCAUGCAGUACCGAGUUGGCGCAUUUGGCUUCCUGUACCUGAACAAACACUUCGCUAACAGCGAGGAGGCCCCUGGGAAUAUGGGCUUGUGGGAUCAGGCUCUGGCUCUGAGGUGGCUGCGAGAUAACGCGGCCGCAUUUGGUGGUGAUCCCGACCUUAUCACCAUCUUUGGCGAGUCUGCUGGGGGCGGAUCCGUUUCUUUGCAUCUCAUUUCCCCCGUCACCAGGGGGCUGGUUAGGAGGGGCAUCCUGCAGAGCGGCACCCUUAAUGCCCCCUGGAGCUACAUGACCGGGGAAAAAGCUAACGAGGUCGCCAGAGUCCUCGUGGAUGAUUGCGGAUGCAACUCCACCAUGCUUUCCGAGAACCCUGCCAGGGUCAUGGCUUGUAUGAGGUCCGUCGAUGCCAAGACCAUCUCCGUUCAACAGUGGAACUCCUAUUGGGGCAUUUUGGGGUUCCCCUCUGCCCCCACCAUCGAUGGGGUGUUUCUACCCAAACAUCCCCUGGACCUACUCAAGGAAGCCGAUUUCGAGAAGACGGAGAUACUCAUCGGGAACAACAAAAACGAAGGGACCUACUUCAUUCUGUACGAUUUUAUCGACCUCUUCGAGAAGGACCACGCGAGUUCCCUGCAGAGGGACAAGUUCCUUGGAAUCAUCAACACCAUUUUCAAAAACAUGACGCAAAUCGAGAGAGAGGCCAUCAUGUUCCAAUACACCGAUUGGGAGAACGUGAACGACGGCUUCCUCUACCAGAAGAUGGUGGCGGACGUCGUCGGAGAUUAUUUCUUCAUCUGUCCGUCCAUCCACUUCGCCCAGCUAUUCGCCGAUCGCGGGAUGAGGGUGUACUACUACUUCUUCACCCAAAGGACCAGCACCAAUCUAUGGGGCGAGUGGAUGGGAGUGAUGCAUGGCGACGAGGUGGAGUACGUUUUCGGACAUCCCAGGAACAUGUCUUUGGAGUACACCAAGAAGGAGCGAGAUCUCUCCCUGAAGAUGAUGCAGACGUAUUCCCACUUCGCCUCCACUGGAAAGCCGACCGUUAACGAGGAAGAAUGGCCGCCAUACACGAGAGACGAGCCGCAGUAUUACAUUUUCGAUGCCGAAAAAAGUGGCCUCGGCAAAGGACCCCGAACAACGGCCUGCGUGUUCUGGAACGAGUUCCUGCCUCGGCUGAAAGGUGUGCCAGACCCAUCACCGGAGGCAUGCAGUGGGGUAGUGGCGUCGAGCGUUUCUUCGGGAGCGAAGAGUCCACGGGGGUACAUAACCUCUAUCGUGCUGGUCUCGCUGCUGGUCGUUCCAGGAAUUUUGUAGGCCUUCAGGAUUCGAACAGAUCUGUCGGCUUGCGUGCCAGGAAUUUGACAAAAAGAGAGAGAGGGAACAUGGCCUAGCACCUUUUCUCGCGUAUAGAGAGCUCCAGGGCCCAGAAUUGAAUUUCUCAGUCAGGCGAUCGAUUCCUGGAUAGCUGGGGAAGACCGAAAGCCUAGAAAUUGCGACGAUUCGAUGGUCUACCAGGAAUUAGGAUAAUUCGUUCUUGCUUUCUAAUCCUGUCCGGCGCGAAAUUCUAGGACUUGCGUCGACUGAUGGGGAAAUGGAUGUGGUCCAUCCAUAUGGUGAUGGUGAGCUUAUGUCUAGGUAUUUAUGCGGAUUUUAGGGAGACUAGAAACUGGAGAUUGAGCAGGACGGUGGUCAAAAAAAUUCCGGGGCAGGGUAUGAAGAGGGAUUUUUAAAUCCGGCUUCGUUUUGGAAAAUUCGAGGGCAAAUUGAAAAUUCACAGCUCAGCUGACUGGGCGACGGAAUGACUCUUCUGCCAUGAAUGACGUUCAUCCUUUUGGUAAACCUUCCACCGGAGAGUACUCUUUACUACCGCAUACGUUACAGUGACUGAUGCAUUCUGUCGCCAGCUCGUUUUUCUGACACACACAACUGUAAUUAUUUUCCUUGGCAGAAAAGCCAGGUGGCGUAAUGCAUUGCACUCACCGAUAUAAACGGGCUGGUAGAAAGUACUUGUCUACCGCCUUUUUUUUUUUUCGUUCCCACGUCGACACUAAUUGUCUGAAGUUGGACGAGAUCCCAUUACUAGACAUGGCCUUGCAGUUAGAAUAUCGAUCAUGAGUACACGUAUUGGAUAUCCACGUUAAACAUAAUUAAAAAGAAAUGAAUUAUUGGUAAAUAUUUUUAACAGGGUAAUUAUCGAAAGGAUGUUUCGUCGAGUGAAUGUUAAAAUGGGAAAUCCUUUCCUGAUUCUAGUCUCCGUCAAAAUUAGCAUCUCCGAAUCGGUGGUGUUCAUUACCACAGCUAAUUACGAAGGAAUGAUCUAGACCCUUAGGAUUUACGACGAAGCUCACGUUAGGAUCUAUCGAUCUUGCUUUCUAACGUGCAUAGAAACGAGAUUUUAAGCUGCCGAGAGACAUAGCCCUAAGAAUAGGGAAACGAACGUAUUUCCUCGCUGCUGUUUAACGAUAGAGCUUGGGUAGACCUCGAUGGGCAUUGAAAGUAGCAAAAGCUCUUAACUUCCAUAAACUAAAAUUGAAUAACCAUCUCCUGGCACCACAACUCUCGAAUUUAAUUACUGACUUUGCAUCUCCAUCACAUACCCACGUAUAGAAUUGGGCCUUCGGCCAUUAUUAAAUACUAAGCCGGCAUUUUGAAUAAAAUUUGAUUUUAAUUCUGCAGGUUAUCGCGUGAAUAAAAAUAACGAAAAAAAUAAAAAAAAAGUCAUUUCAGUUCCUUCGUGCAGAAUAAAUAUUUUCUCGGUACUGAAAGUCCGAAAUUGCGAAAAGCUGCUUUCAAUCCCCAUACGAGCCUCGAAGGAGGUCGAGGUGCAGGAGUGAUUCGUUAAAAAAUUCCAAAAUAGUGUUUUAAGAGAUGUGACUCGAUUAAGAGAUGUAUAUACAUAUGUAUCUAUGCGAUUAUGGUGUACGAUGUCACGUGGACAUGGUCUAUGGGGAGUAAAUCGCAAGCAAGUUGGACAUGUAUGGAAAGACGUGCGGAAGUUCGGAACUCCCAUUAACUAAUUUUCCAUAUAUUUGGCCGACUUACCUGUCGCAAAGCACCCAGUGUAAUUUACUCCGCGGUAUAUAAGGUAUUAAAAAAAUAUUAUGUAGGCCUCCUAGCGAGUUAAGGGUGUAAAGGCUCAUUUUUAUGGCGCUACGUCGCGGGUUUAAAGAAAUUAUAUCGAGGCGCGUUUUUGUUCGCUGCGUGGAGAGCUAGGACGUUUCGAUAUUGACUUAAGAUCGACUAAUUCACCCUAGGUACUUAAAAACUUCAUUACGCCCGAGAAUUAAUUUCUUCACUGGCUAGGAUACUGUUAUGACAGUCCGGUAAUAGUAUGCGCAUAUCUGAAUUAUUAAAUGAAAACGCAAACAAUCCGAAAGGUGAAUCAAUCUUUCUUUGGUCGGCAAGAUGGCGCCCUUCCUUUCUAUACGUCGAAAAAGAUUUAAAUAACGACCAAUCGACGUUUGUUUAUAACGCAGCUUCCUUCCGAAGUGAAACUAGGAAGGGAUCGCUUAAUCCUAAUUGUUAACCGCACAUUGGGCGUCGAAGAAAAAAAAGAAAAAAAAAUAAUAACACGGCGCUCGUGACGAAGGGGAGGUCGAGAAUUUUCAAGAGAUUGUUGCUAAAGGUUCAACGAGUGUUGAGGGAAAGAAAUGAAAAAGAUAAACGAAGCAAACCCCGUUCUCCGGCACGCGAAAUCACAAAUCGCGCCGUAACGUGAAUCUUCCAUUUGGUACAUAUCACCUCUAUACAUAUAUACAUAAAUAUAAAUAUAAAGAUACAGAUAAUUAUAAAUAUAUCAUGCGAGUGAAUAUAUAUAUACAUUAAUGUACUAACGGUAGUAUUGUAAACGUAGUGCGACAUCGUUGCCACAUUAGCGCCGGGCAAAUGUUAUUAACUAUUUGCGCGAUGUCUGAGACACAUAGGAAGGAGACUUCGGUAUUUUGAUUAACGACACAAAGGGAAAAUUAUUUUCUACGAAAUUAUUCUAGGCUCUAAAUAAUUGCGAUCCCCUCCCGCUUAGAGCUCGGAAUUCCCGAAGGCGUCGCGGCGUCAUUAAUUAAAAAAAAAAAAACAUUAAGACGAUGGGAGAGAGUCUCAUCUGUUAAGUCGAACGAAACUUUUCUCCAAAUUGCUUUCGAAAAAAAAUCGAUCGAACAACUCGGGGCGAUUUUUCUUCUCCUUUCCGAGCCGUGAGAACGGAAAAAGGACGCGACUCGAAACUAGGACCGAUUUCGAGCGCCAUUGCAAAAGUACGCGAGAAACUCAACAAUUCCGUUCUUCCACUCUGCGAGCAUUUCCGAACGUUUCGAAGGUGCGCCUUGUUUGAAUUUUCAUGGCUCCAUCAAUAAAAUAUAAGUUUCGAUCCGCAUGGGGAGCUUCGUAGUCCACUUUCGGGUCGAUCGCGUGUCUCUGCCAGGACAAAGAGGGACUCCCACUUCCUGGGUAAUUUUUAAUCAUUUCCUCCGUGAUUGUCCUGACAACAAUUAAAUGUUUAUUCUUUAUAUUCCCGGGGAGAUCGCGCGCGACGACUUGGGGAAUUCCGAAAACCAGAAGGGAGGGGAUAUAUAUAUAAAUAAAUACGUGUAUACAUAUUAUACAUAAAUUGGUGGGCGUUGCUCGUAAGCUUUCUAGAGUAAUUAUGCACACGCGCGCGACAAGCUUUUCGUUAGUCCUAGGAAGCAUGUUCUCACAUAUCAUUGGCAUAGGCCGUAAAUCUCAUGUAUGAUUAACGGGCAAUGCGUAGAAUUAAUGGUAAUUAGUGCCUCGGCGGUACGAAAAACUGGCGGCCAUGUUCGCUCGUCGGGCGCGACCUACUACGUUAGUCAUCGCAUCAUCCUGACCAGUCCUUCGUUAAUCCCCGAUCGUAUUCGACUCCCGUUUACAGAGAGGAUGAAACAAUUGCGAGCGACUAUCCGUUCGAUAGAUUUUCACGAUCCAAAUUCGAGGCGUUAUUUUUCUAUACGGGCACACGUUCGUUAAUGCAACCCGAGUUUUUCGCGCUGCGCCGCUGCGAUCGUUACCCACUCCGCCAUAUUGGAUUUCUUGGGUUUUAUUGUUAAACCUCAACUUAACGAUAUAUCUUGAGAGGUUUUCUUGGUUCUAAUCUCUUUUUGUAGAAAUAUUGGAGUAAUGGGAAAUUUUAUGAGGGCCUUUUUUGCAGCGAUUGUUGACGCAUGUAUUUCCAAUGAAAUAGAGCGGAUUAUUGGUAAUCUGAUAAUCCUGUCGAGGGGAGGUCAAAGAGUCGAAUUUAGGAUCGUAUUUCUCAGUUUAACCGGUUGUUUCAUGCAAAUUACCGAACGAGUCAAACGAUAACCUCUAAGAGCGGGAAUUUUGGAAAUGUACCGAGACUGCUUGAAAUGACUCACUGGUUGCAAGUAAUUUGCAAAAUUUGAAUUCAUGAGACCGAUUGCAGUCGACGAUAACCCAUCGCCAAAACCAACCAUUAACGUGGUGAUAUACAAUCCCCGAUUGUUUUUGAAAUUGCAGUACCAGAGUAAUCGAAUUUUCUGCUCAUUGAUUUCUCAACGAGCGGUAAUAUGGCUGAAUGGGUUAUUACAUACGGAAAGAUGCAAUUAAUUCUACCUCUUGCGCUAAAAUGGUCUCGCUACAGGAAUCGAGAUGAAUUCUGGAGGCCUAAUUAAUUACCAAGAAUAAAAUUAAAAAUACCCCAAAGAGGAGAUUAAACGGAUUUAAAUCGGGGGCAAUUUCAGAUAUCGGAUUCUUUAACUCGUCCAAAUUUCCCCGAAGAAUCGUCAAUGAGUAAAAUGGUCUCGCUACAGGAAUCAAGGUGUAAUCCCCUCGCGAGGGUUCGGAUUUGCCGUGGCGUUGCAUUAAAGUGCACUUUCCCGAUCGAUUGCUACACCCGUUACACAAGUGGUGGGAAAAUGCGAGAGCCUCCGCGUUUACGACGGAAAAGCUUUUACGAUUCUCGCGAGGAUAUCGCCGUUGAUUGAAUUAUACGAUCGCGAGCAAAACCUGCUCUUUCAAUUCGGCGGGCCCAAUGGCGUCCCUCCAGACCUCCGACUCGAUAAAUCCGAUAUAUAUCGAAGCCUGUAUAGGGCAUGACACCUCGCGCGAGCUUUUCAUCUCGCCGUUUGCUAAAUUCCUUUGGAGCCCUCCAAAUCGCUCGCUUAAAGGUCCGCCGAACGGAUCGAUCCCUCGAACGAGGAAUAUCGCGCCGCCAUCAUUAAUACUCCUCCGCAAGUUUGGCUCUUUCAUUUUCCCUCUGGCUCGAUAUAUCGACGGUGGCUCUCGAUUCUCACCUCGCGGGUCAAAUUACUCUCCGAAGUCCUCCAGAUACCGAGCGAGUGUUAAAAAUUAGUAUAACAGUCGUGGAUUGGCAAGCGACGCCAUCUUGGUUUGCCGAGAGAUCAAUAUUCCUCCGCAAGGUUUCACUCUUCUCUUUACCUACGCUCUCGAUUUAUCGAGGAUUACUCUUGAUUAUCACCUCCUGGUUUAAAAGUGUUUCUCGAAGUCUCGUAUAUACCUUGGAAAGUAAUAAUCGACGGGAAUAAGCGUGAAAAGUUUGCGCAGUCUCUGGUAUCGAGACGCCGCCAUCUUGCUUUCCCAGGAGACGUCUUGCGGCUCCACAAAUCCCGGGAUAUUCCCUCGAAAAAUUCAUCGAAAAUUCUCUUUCCCGUCUAUUAGACGAGCUUUAUUGGAUUUCCUUUGAAAACGCGAGGAGCUCUCGAAGCUCUUGGCAAAAACUCCCGCGAAAAGAAUACGUUUUAACUUUAAAGUCAAAGCCACCCUUUGGAGCUGCGAGGAUUUAACGAGGACGAAACGGUCAAAUCGAUUCUGACACUCCUCGAUUAAUUCCCGCCAUCCCUUGUUGGUUUUUUUAGUAAUUUUUUUAAUAAUUUUACAUUGUUUAUGGAGAUGGGUAACGAAUUGUUGUCGGCGUGGCUCUAGUGUUCCUCACGACUCCUUCUCUUCAAAGUCAAUGUAGAAUAUAGCGAUGUACCUUAAGAUUACCUAGAGUCUGUAAUAAACUGUACAUAUAUAUAUACAUAAUAUAUAUAUUCGCAGACACUCGCACGCACAUAGGCACACCUUAUAAAUAAAUAAAUAUCCCAGCGAUCUGUGCUUUGGCUUGUGCCGUUCUUCGUGAUAUUAACAUUGCAAAAAUGAAAUUCGUUGUCAAGUCAAUAUACAUGCCUACGUUAGGUUACCGGGAGUCGAGUAAAUAAACAAUUGCGUACGUGUUAACAAUGUGCGCUUUCAAAAUGACGAGACGUGAAACGCCAUGUAGGAGCGCACUUCGUGUAUGUACCGCACUGUAUAUAGAGUGCAAUUGCGAAUUUUCGACUGCAAAUUAGUAUCCGAAGCUACUUUUCGACCAGAGGUUGCAAGAAUCGAUUAGUCGAUCGAUCACCACAGAGCUUAUCGUAGAAUCCCGUGGGAUGCAAAGGUGGAAAACGCUUUCUCGAUAUCAUUUUCCUUUCUAUGCUUUUUCCAUUAUUCCGAUUUUCUCACUAAAUCCAGGUAGUGGGUCGUUCGUGUCAGAUGAAGCUUCUGAAAUUAUCCAUUUUGACAAUUUCAUAUUUCUUCAAUAUCUUCCGAUUAGUUUUCAUUAACGCCUGAUCUGAUGCGUAAAUUAAUUGAAAGUACAGGAAAUAAUUCGACGGGCAGUUUUGCAACAAUCACAGGGUGCAUACAUUUCUUUCGGAAAAAGAUGUGAACAAUCGAAAUAUCUCGAAGCCAUCGGCCCACGAUCGAUUAAUUAUUGAAAUUAUUUAAUUUUUCAAUUUCGCGUCGAAUCAUUUGCACGAGUAAUUCACGGUCGGGACCACUUCGCGUCGCGUAUGCCACGUAACAAUAUACUUAGUCAAUUAUUAAGUCGAUCCUCGUAUUGAAACAAUGGAGAUUUUCACAUUGGUAGAAUCUUGCGCCUCUCUCGCGGUGAUAAAAAAAUCCCGGAUUGUUUCUCGCGGUGAUAAACAAUCACGGAUUGUCUCUCGAGUCGUCCGAGUAUGACGUAAAAAGAUAUUCCACUUAUUGUUCGGUCAUAAUCGUUAAAGUGAGUACCGAUGAGUUAUACAAGAUUGGAAUACUUUUUUGCCUCGUAUCGACAAGUACCUCGUUUCGCCAAAAUUGCCUCGAGAGAGAGUGAGCAAUAAACAAAAAUAAAAGCUGAACAAUCGCGCAUGAUUCUUCUCGUCUCUAAAUAUUAAUUGUCCAAUCGUUGUCAUUCGUCCAAUGUUUGGAAAACAAGCCGAGAAGAGAUAAUUGUCAAUUGACGGAAAUAUCGAAAGCGUAAAUUGAAUUUCUACGUUUGCAAAAUACAUCAGACGUGACUGCAUUUUAAUUUAAUAUUUACACUGAACAUUAACAGUGCAAUUAACAUUGCUCCUUUGCCGCGGUAACUGUACAUACAUAUGCAAUGCAUAAACAAUGGUAUUAAGUCAAUAUUGCUCCGCAUCGCUGCUUGAAGUAAGAGAAAAAUAUUUUUGUACCUCAUGCGAUGCUUCAUUCCGAUGCAACAAAAUAUCGAUCCACUGGAUUUACGCAUUCUUUUUAUUAAUUAUUUCCUCCGCCAGACAUUAAGGCGACGUGGAAGUGGCGUCCAAUAGGUCAUAAACGCCGGAUGCACUUUCACACCCCCUUAAUCUAAAAAGACAUUAUCCGCAUUUAAUUUGAAGACAUACGGUGCAGGGCGAAGGUUAAAAAAAAAAUCAUAAUUCUUCGUAAGACGAAUAAAACGAUCGGACAAUUUUGAAGCGGAGCGAGAAGCGUGUCUUUGCUACAUACUUUCAAUUAGUACCGAAGCGUCUUAUAGUAAUGUAGAUAUGUACGUUUACGCUACCACCUUUCCACUCAUUACCUUCCCCAUGAUCGAUUUUCUACCCGACGAAUACGAAUUAAACGUUACAAUCAAUCAGUGUGUAUGGAGUAUGCUUAAACGUGUAUCGUACCAUUAUUUAUUGUAAAUAUGAUAUACAAGAAGUCGCACUUGGUGCACCUCGACGAAAUCACGAUAUGGUACUUUUUAAGAAGAGCGGUAUUACCCUAUAAGGACAGACGUGUAUUUUCGACACGCUCGUACAUUUGAGGACCCUCUAAGUACUCUCUUUGCUUAAAAAAAAAAAAAUAUUAAGUGUUCAUUAAACGCCUCUACUAUAAUUAUUUUGGCCAGACGGAAAUUAUUUCUACAUCGAAGUGAUACAUAAAAUUACAUUCAACGGUGGAUUAAUCUUGGGAAUAUUAUUAAUAACAAGUACUUUGUCGGUCCAGAAAGGUACUCGCGUGUACGGGACUCUAGGUGCCUGUAUUUAUAAGGUAAGGGUAACCAGAAACUCUAACUUAGGGCAGGAAUUACGUAAAACUAAUGGAUUUAAAGGAAGAAAAGGAAUAAGAAAAAGAAAAAAGAGCAAGCCAGUCGCAUUUCGCCUCAGAUCCGACCUUUAGUAACUCUUGCUAAUUAGCGAAAUAGCGAGUACGUCAUCGGUGUGCUACACAAUGGAAUAUCUCACUCGAGGUUUGCUUUCGCUUUUAACCGAAAGACGAGACAAAAGUGUAUUACGUUAAAUGUUGUUAGGUUAUAUGGAAGAAUACUAUAAAUGUUACCGUUAUAUGUAAUUAUUAUCUGGGGCUAGCUAAGAGAUAUGACUGUAGUUAUCAUGAAAUAAAUUAUACGAUGAUUACUA